AUGAAUUCUGACUCGAGCUCUCUCUCUAGCAGAGCUUCGUCGCCAGACGUGGACGAAAUUUAUCUGAGAGAUCAUCUCCAGCAUCAGGACUCCAGGAUGAAUUCGGUGUCUUCAACGCAAAACGAUCUGCUCCAGCAGCUCGCCAAUGAACACAAUAUAACAACCCUCAACAGAUCCGAGGACAAGACGGGAGGCAAGUUCAAAGUGAAAAAGCAACUCUCGGAGCAAGACUUGCAGAACCUUCGACUGAAGAUCAACGGGAGAGAGCGCAAAAGGAUGCAUGACCUGAAUCUGGCGAUGGACGGGCUCAGAGAGGUCAUGCCUUAUGCCCAUGGACCGUCAGUGAGGAAACUUUCCAAAAUCGCCACUUUGCUGCUGGCCAGAAACUACAUCCUGAUGCUGUCGAAUUCUCUGGAAGAGAUGAAAAGAUUAGUAGGGGAGAUUUACGGCGGGCAUCAUUCAGCUUUCCAUUGCGGGACAGUAGGACAUUCUGCUGGGCACCCAGGACACUCCACAUCUGCCCAUCAGGUCCAUCCCAUCUUGGGCAGUGCCCUGACCUCCUCUUCUUCCUCAAUCUCGGCUUCUCUACCGGGCAUCAGCGCGGUGAGACCUCCUCAUUCACUGUUGAAAACGUCCUCCGCGCCUCCUGUACCGUUAGGAAACACCUUUCAGCACUGGGCAGGAUUGCCAUGCCCCUGUACCAUCUGCCAGGUGCCACCGCCACCUCACAUCGCAGCCCUAAGCACAGCCAGCAUGCCAAGGCUCUCUACAGAUGGUAAAGACUUAAUGAAGUAA